ACGUGACAUUCUUCACUUUAUAAGCUUCCUUGUUGACAAAGAUAUAUAGAACGUCCGGUUUUGAAAAGCCACUUGAAGGAAAUGUUUUUGGCUUACGUUUUUCUAUAAAAUGGUGGAUCGAACUGAACAGCUCCACAGAGCUCUCAACAAGUUUAUUUAUCAUGUUGAGCGAAUGUCAAAUGAAGACGACCCGUCGGGCAAUGGAUUUCACAGAGAAUACAGGGAACUACGAGAUUUGGCCAUAAAGAAUAGAGACACAGUUGCUGCUACGCAUGGAAGAAUACCUCACAAUAUCAGGAAAAACAGAUAUAAAGAUAUUGUACCUUUUGAUGAUACAAGGGUUACAUUAAGAGAAAUACCAGGAGUACAAGGAUCAGACUACAUCAAUGCUAAUUAUGUACUGGAUGCCCAUAAAAGGGAAGGUUACAUUGCCUCCCAAGGACCACUACCUCAUACCUUGGAGGAUUUCUGGAGAAUGAUAGAAGAACAAAAUGUUAAGGUUGUUAUGAUGGCAUGUAGAGAGGUCGAGGCUGGAAAGAAAAAAUGUGCUCAGUAUUGGGUUGAAGAAGGAGCUGAACUUGGUCGCUUCGGAAAUUAUGAAGUAGCAUGUAUAAGAAAAGAGGAAUUAGCCGAUGACUGUAUAGAGCGCCACCUACAACUGAUAACUGCUGAUGGUAUACAAGAUGUUUACCAAUAUCACUACACAGGGUGGCCAGAUCAUGGAAUACCUGAUGAUAUUGAUGUUAUUCUGGCAAUGAUAAAACGUAUGCGUGAUAUCAGAACAAAAGAUCCCAAUCAUGCUGCUGUUGUUGUUCACUGCAGUGCUGGUUGUGGUAGAACGGGAACUAUCUGUGCAAUAGAUUACGCCUGGGAAAUACUGAAAAGUGGACAACUGGACGAGGAUUUUAAUCUCUAUGAAAUUGUAAAGAGUAUGAGGGAACAGAGGCAGUCCAUGAUUCAGACACCAGAACAGUAUGAGAUGGCACAUUUAGCAGUGAAGGAAUUAUUCCAGAAACACAUUGAGAUUAUGAAUGAAAGUGAAUACAUUAACAUAGAGUUUAAAAAUGAUAGUGAUCAGGUUGAGGCAGCAGACAAUACAGAUGAAGAUGAUAAUUAUGCAGAUGCAGCCUCUGAUUUUAAGAAGUUACAGUUAGACGUGUUAGACACUGUGAGAAUGUAUGACCAUACAGACGAAUCUCCUGCAAUUCCUGACCGGGAACCAGUUAUUAUAGAAACUAACACUGAGGUUGUAAAAAAGAUUGAACAUGAACAUGAACCAGAAAAAGAAGUUGAAAAUUUGGUUAAAAAACCUUAUGUAAAUGUGUUUCAAGAAAAUUAUGAAAAUACAACACCUAAAAUUGCAUCAGAGGAUAUUGAAACACCAAAAGUUGAGGUGGAUCCAACUCCGGCUUUAACAGUUCAGCAAAGACGUGCUUCAUUUGAGAAAACAGCAUCCCAAUCUCAUACAGAGUUAAGCAGCUCAAAACGUAUUUCUGACUCUGUACUCAAACGUCCUGUUAACCAAACAAAAUCUGUUCCUAACCAAUUCGAACAAAGUGUGUUACCAGAAGUAACCCCAAGAACAACUAUAAUUUCACAGAAUACUCCACCAAGUGGACCUCAAUUUGCCUUUGCUAGACCCCAACAGCCACAAGUAGUAUCCUCUGCACCACCACCACCACCACAAACGAGUGGGCCAAGAUUUGCUGGACCGGUUUCACCGCAAACAUCAGUUGAUGAAAAUAAACCUAAAUUUGUAUCAGUAAUUAAUUGUACGAAAACAGAUUCAACCAUUACACAAGGAAACAGGCUUAAAAAGCAAAUAGGUCAUCAGGGGUCAGUUAAGAAGUCAAAAAGUGCUGCGGGUGGGGACAACUAUGAACUGGCACAACCUAUUGAAGAACAAAGUAGGAAUUCCUCCAAUCAUGUGACUGUUAAUUCUGAGUCAGUAUAUGCAGUUCCUGAUAAAGGUAAUGGUAAAACCACACAUGCAGUUCCUGAUAAAGGUAAUGGUAAAACCACACAUGCAGUUCCUGAUAAAGGUAAUGGUAAAACCACACAUGCAGUUCCUGAUAGGGGUAAUAUGAGGAGCACUCAUGCAGUUCAAGAUAGUGUUUAUUCUGAAGUGAACAAAAGCAGUUCAACAAGGCCUGCACCAAAGGAAUGCGCUUAUGAAACAAUCGCCACGACACAAUCUAUUAAUAGCUCAGCACCAAGAGUUAGACAGUACGAGGAGGUUGUUUUACCUUUAGAUGGAGAAUACUCAGCAGUUGGAGAUGUGUCAGGUCAUAAUGAUGCCCCAGCCAUUCCUAAACGAGAAUACGAUGACCCGGAACCAAUACAUGAAACUGUAAAGGCCAGUACAUCCAUCACAGACAAAUUUAAAAGCAAGAUAACCACUACAUUUACCCGCGGACAACAUUGUGUGAGUGAAAACAUCAUUAAUCUGUUAAAUAAGAAAAUUAGGUUCAAUAUAAAUCCAAAGAGUUCAGGUUCAUCUGAAAAUACAGACAGCAAAGCUAGCACUAUUCCAGGUUUUAAUGAGCGUAUAGAGAAGAAAGUGAAAGGACCUAGAACGAUGCCUUGGGGUAAAAAACACAAGUCUUAAUUGUUUGUUAAGAUGACAAAUUUUGUAAUCUGCAGGAAUGAAAUCCGGCAUCUAUAAGAUUAUAUUUUGACAAAAAGUUUAAAAUGUUACUAAUUGACUACUGAAAGGGCUUAUAGGUUUUUUUUCCUAAAAAAAUCAUUCCAUCAUUACAAUAUUCAGCAGUUGCAAGCAUUUCAUUUUGUCACACUUGUAAAUGUUUGAAUGCAAAAUUUAAAUAUCUAGUUUCUAUUUGCCUUUUCACCUUGCUAAAAUAGGAAAUUCCAUAAAAUCAUGAUUGUUUAAUAUUUGAAAAAUUAAGUAGAAGAUCAAUUGCUAUUAAAUUUUGUUAAAAUAAUACGUUUAUGAUCCACAUGUUAAGUUUAAACUCUGGAAACAGGAUUCUUAGACUACAACCAGGGUGUAUGAUUUAUGAACCAGUAGAAUUUUUACACUUAAUUGUUUCAGUAGCAACUUCAUUUAGGAUGAAAGAAAGAAAAGUUUAUAAAAUUUGCCAGGUUUUAUUUCAUUUGAAGUUUGAAAUUAAUGUUCCAAACAAUAUUAAUAAUUUAAAGAAUCUAUACAACAGUCGGCAGGAAAGUAGUUAAAAAAGUAGGGUGAUGUGAAUUUAUUAAACAUUGGUUUUGUUUUUGUGAAGAACAAAGGCCUAAGUAGCUAAUAACUUUGUAUAGGGUAUUAUAUAUAUAUAAGUUCAUAUUCACUAUUUAGGAUACUCAUGGAUAUGGUCAUCAUAUAAUGUAUGUUGGAAAAGGGUGUUAUAUUUCAAGGAACUUAAUAUACAGAUACUUACUUCCAAGUGUUAAAAUGUUACUACCAUCCACACAUAAGCUAGUUAAAAGGGUAUGAAGCAUGGUCAUUAUCAAUUGAUUCAAAUUUGCUUUACAAGACUUGUAUAUUUUAGAUAAAGAGGGUAACACAAUCUAUAACUUGCACUUAGAUUUUGCAUGAAGUUAUACCUAUACCAAUAUAGAAUCCAACAAAACAGUCAAAAUCUUUAUAGAUUUGUAGUUAUAGUUUCAUUUCUGUUAAAAUAUAUAAUACUUAUGAUCAGCUCAAAGUUAAGAAACGUUAUUAAUCAAUUUGCAAUGAUAUUCAUCAUAUUCACCCAUAUAAUGUGAUAUUUUUGUUUUCUUAUACUUUUAUUAUGCCAUUUAUUUAGAUUUUUCAUGCUGUCAAGCCAUAAUAUUUGAUAAAAUGCUUGCUUUAAUACAACAUUUGUGUGAUUUUGUAUCUUUGUUUAUUAACAGAAUAAAUUUUGUAUUGUGAAGUCCUUAUUAUUCAAGACUAAAUAUAUUUGUUCAUGUUUUUUAAGGUUUAGAUAAUUGCAUUGGUCUUUAUAUAUGUAAUUUCCCCCAAAAAACAGGAGAAAGCAUGUUUUCGUAUCAAAUUGGUUCAUGUAUUAGACACACAUCAAAAUUUUCCUCAACAACUAUGAAAAAAGAUUUUCAACUGAUAAAAAAAAUUAAUUAUAUUUCAAUAAAUAAGCUUCAUAGUUGAACCUGAUGUUUCAUCUUUUAAGUUUUACAAACAGAUAUGUAGUGAAAACCGCAGUCUUGUGACUUAUUAACAGAAAAAUAUCUAGUAAAUGGUGUGCAUCACAAAAAGAGUUCAUAAUUUUGUUUUAUUGGGAAAAGCAAUAGAACAGCUGUAUAUUUUUGAUGAAAAAAUAAUUCAUUCUUUACUGCGAAAAUGUAUAAUAUUGCAAUAUCUUGAAUUUGUGCUACUCUUACUUUAAAGCCAUGGUUAAUAUUUUAUAUAAUCAUAAUGAGUCUCAGGGUCCAUGACCUGAUAAAUAUGCCCCAGUGUAUACUCUUUUUUUUUUUUAAGAGGAUAGAAAACCUAUAUAAACAAAAAACGCAUACCUAUUAACCUGUAGCUGAUCUCUUUGAUCUAUGUGUUCGUUGUUUCCAUUGCUUGUUAUUCUUGGUUGUGUAUGAGAUUAUUAUGUACAUUAUGUCAAUUACUGUCAUUAUUUUGUCACUAUGUGUUAACUGUCAUUAUUUUGUCACUAUGUGUACUAUGUUUAUUAUAUUUAUUGCUGCUGUUCUUUUCAUCAUUGUUGAAAAUAAAACAUCUUUGUUGAGUUCAUCCAUGUUGAUAUAUGUCGAUAAAUUUCAUUCUUUCAUUUCAUCUUUUUUUCUAGGCAGUCAGUGGGCCCUCUGGUAUGAAAAUUUCUGGGUCUGCCACUGACUAUUUUUUUCUAUACAGCCAUGCACUUAAAAGAUGACCAUUUGACAUUCAUAUUGGGAAUCCCCUCUAUUUGUAGUUGCUGUUUCUACGCCCUUUAGAAAUAUUAUUUUUGUUUUAGACAAUAAAAUGUAUACAAUUGUGUGAAAUUUCGAAAUAUUGUUUUGGAAAUAACCUUAAUUUAAAUAGAACCCAUUAGGCUGUACUAUUUAAGGCAGGAGCCGGUUUCACAGUAAAAAAAUACGAUUGAGAUUGAUCAUAAGUCAUGAACAAUUCAGUUUACCUAAGACAAUCUUACUGUUCAUUUUUAUGGUGAAACUGACUCCAGGUGAAUGAUACAUGAUCUUUGGCGCUAAUAGUUUAAAUUCUCAUUAUAUCUACCAAAUAACUAUAACAUUGCUUUAAACUGUAUAUCAUCACUUGGUGAAUAUGUUAUUGUGAUUAGUGCUUUUAUUGAUGACCAUUAUAUUGUAUACACACACUACAAAGUGAUAAUAUUUGUGAUACCCUAUAUUUUUGUACUACUUUGUAAUUUUAUAUAUCAAUUUAACCAAGGAUUUGUAUAGUAAGACAAAUCCUUGAUUUAACAUUUACCAUUAAAUAGUUUGUAUGUAUUCUUAAAAACACCUGUCAGUAGUAUGAUUUAACAUAAGUAGUCUAUUACUAAUACAUUUAUUAAAGAACGGAGU